AUGUCUACGCGUGGUAAACUUACUCCGGGACCGGUUGGCGUGAGCUGCUUGACCUGCAGGCGUCGGUAUGUGCUUGGAGGCCUAGAUUUACCCACACGCGCUGAUCCAAGGGCACGAACAAGCCACAAGAAGUGUGAUCUGCAGCGACCAGCCUGUGAUCGGUGUUUAAAAGGGGGCUACGAAUGUCUAGGAUACAAACACGUCAAGUCAAAAGGAUACGGCUACGAUCAACGCUUGCCGUCUGAUCAUACAAGUCCAGCUGACUCGAGUUCUGGACUGCUGGGAUCUUCCGCUCCUUCACUUUCUCCUCGUAGUGAUGAUGGUCCUCGCAGGGAUGCGAAUUUGUCGGCGGAUAUUACUGCAGUUUCAGAGGAUUUAGCCAAUAAUGUAACUUCCGCACAACCUGGAGUGGCACUUGUCCGGAAGGACCUUUCCAACCUCUUUUCAUUCUUUAAUGAGGAUGCCGUUAUUUAUGACACUUUUCCGCCUACAAGAUCUCAAACACAAGUUACCGAGAACGAGAUCCUGUCGCCACUUUGUUCCGCAAGCAAUCAACGACCUAUCUUUCCUACAAACCCUUUGCUAUUCCAACUCGCUUCUCCGACGUUGAAGGGAGUGCCUAUAUCACCUGAUGUUUGUGGCAUAGCCGAAUACGUGGUUUCGCAUUUCGGCCGUAUACUUAGUCUCACGUACUUCAGUCCAAGAGAUGAGAUUGAAAAGCUUCGUAGGAUGGCAAUAUGGCGCCUAUCGACGUGCAAGUUUUCUCGUCAAAGCAUGUUGAUAGAUGCCAAGGUUCAAUGGUCAGUCUUAAGGGGAAACCACUUGAUGCACGCCAGUGCGUUCACUCGUUGGAUCGAGGGAUUUGAACAGGCAGUCCGCACAAGACUCGGUACUCAUUUGACUGGCUAUGAGCUACAAGAGCGGCUGAACGACGUGUUGGAAAUGCUCCUCAUAAAGAGUCGUUUUCUUGAUUCUGCUACUACCUAUGGCCUAUCUUGCCGCUUCGUGCCUAACUUUCUCCAAAUGGUUUAUUCCGAUCCGACAAUGUGGUCGCCCCAGUAUGAUCUUACCCUAGUUUCUAUGGCGCAUAUCCUUGCAUGUUCUCGUUAUGGACCGGCAUUGUAUAUGCUCAUGGAUAUCGUGGGCUCUAUGGUAUACGGACUCCCUCAUCUUGUGGAUUAUAAUACGGACGUUGAGCUCUUUCAUCCCGAGUCUCACCCUGUGGAGUGGGUUGAUUGCUUUCCUGGAGAAUUUAUGAUUAUACUUGCCAAGAUUAAUACAUGUCGAGACCAAACAUCAACCGAAGAUUGGCGAACUAUCGAACAACGGCUAUUCUCAUGGAAGUCCCGGCCCCAAUUUGAACCAAAAGUACUAGAAUCAUGGAGGUCGGUUGCUUGGACGGCACUUCAAGAGACCUGGAGGCAGACAUUGCUUAUUUACUUAUACUUGGUUAGUUAUAAUGCAAAAAGUUAG